GCGAGCACCUUGGUCUCCAUGAUGACAGUCUUGUUAUUGUUGUUCAGAAGAUAAUCCUGGAUGGAUGAAGAAUACAACUGUUUUUUUUUUUAAACCACGUAACGUUUCCUAAUAAAUCAGUCGACGAUAUGGUGGAAUAAUCAGAUUUUCGUUUAAUGUUCGCGGACUCUUAACUCUCAACCACACAAGGUUUGAUAGAUCAGGAUCGGACCAGCUGAGAGCUGGGUACUUCACAUUUUCUCCCAGCACAGCUGUGAUCAAAGUGUGUGUGGUUCCGACUGUUGGAGAAGCAUGAGGGUGGAGCAGCGGUGGUGCAGCAGCAGCGGGCCGGUCCGGACACAGGAGGCUCGGAGUCGGAUCACAGCCUUGAUGGAGGAGAUGCGCCUGUAACCGCUUCAGGAGGAUGAUUUCACGAUACAGCCGCCGGCCUGUAUCUCACAGCCUAGAGAUUCGUGGUUCGUCCCGCAGCUGUCUGGACCAGCAUCCUCUUCCAGAGGAGGCAGAUGAUGAUAGUGUACAUCCCAGACUCCUGCAUGAUCUUCAGGAGGACAUGUCCUCAUUCAGCAGGUCUGAGGAGUCCUCUGCGUCAUCCGUCAGAUCAGGAUGUCAGACACUCACCACAGAUGACACAGCUCAGUCUUGGUCUGGUAUCCAUAGUUACACGGGAACUGGCAUCUCUACAGAGAACAGCUCUGUCUUUUCGUGGGGCUACGAUGAAUUUGAUAAAGCCGCCUCCAGGCAGGUCCAGCAGAUGUUUGAAGAGAUUGAAGAGCUGUUGUACGAGAGGAAGUGUGAAACACAGCUCAAAGGCCUGCAGGAAGAGUGUCAGGAGUGGGCUUCACGAUUCCCUCAUCUACGGAUCCUUGGAACACAGCUGGUUUGUCCCACGGAUGAAGGAUUCCAGUGGUUCGCCACACCAGCUCAUGCACACAUCCCUCCAGUGGCGACCAGAGCAAAGAGAAAACUAACGAGUGAGUUGUGUGUGCAGGGUCGGAGGGCAGUUUUGUGUCGGCCCUCUGUGGACGUGACCCACCCGAGUGUCACACCCUGUAGUAACCAAGAGUUGCCCAGGGUAAUCGAAGCCGAGGGGCUGAUAGAAGAGUAUCUGGCCUUCGACUGCAGGGACCUGGAUGAGGAAUGGGAACGUGAGUUUGUGAACAGACGGCGGAGGCGCUGGCUGCCCCCUGUCUCGCCUUAUCACUGUCGCCGCGAGGCGGUGCUUGAUCUGCUGUUUGAUGACGUGUGGCGUGAGCUCACUGGCUGGAUGGAGGAGCUUGUACGAAGGCAUUGGGAGGGGUUUGUGUCAGAUGAUGAGAAGAAUACCGUGGCCCUCAGCCCUGCCUGCUCUGAUACCCAGAAUCCUUUUCUGCUGCUGUCCAAUGUCUCAACAGUGCUUCCUCCACUGUCCCAGACCAGAACGCAACAGCUCGCGGACAGCUUGCAGGCCCAGAGCUCAAACUCAUGGGGUUCAAAGCACAAGUCAAGACGGAAAACCAAAAAGCAGAGAAAGUCAUCGACAUCCAGUCGAGUACCUGUAGGGGCGGCAGUUGCUCAUCAAAAUCUCAAUGACCUCAUCAUGAUACAUGGUAUUCCACUGCAGCAAAGGAACCUGGGGACACUGGACCGAAUAACUCAGGACUCCGAGGAGAAAGUGUCUCAUCGUCCCGGCUCUAGUGUCGUUCCCACCAGUAAACCUCGACCACGCCGUGCACUGGAACAAAGCACCUCCUCUUUGACCCGCCCCCCUCAGUCGGCACGGCGACGGAACCCGCCCCCUCGCACUCUAAUGCCAUUGACAUCCAGUGUAACACAGCCCAUCACGACUGGCUCCAUGGAAGAGGUGGUUAGAGGCACAAGAUUGACGACCGUCGGUGAUCGUUUGGCCUCACCUCCAAUGCAUCUCAGUAGAAACACACUCCUCCCUCCCAUUGGUACAGGAGACACAGAACACACAUACUCCGGACAGCACUCACGGCUUACGCAGAAGCAGAGAGGCUCCUCGAGUCGUGCACACAGUGCAGUGACCAAUGAGAGUGUCGGACUGCAACCCCGAGACAAACUGCACCUGCUCGAUGUGUUUUCCAGACCCAACACCACACACACAUUUAGGUCAGACACCCCAUAUCAGCGUUCAUUCACUGGAAUAGACAACAUUGGGCAGGGACGACCUGGCAGAGCGUCUGUUGGUGUAGAUUCUCUGGGAAUUGGUGUGACUGGAAUCAGUCUGGGCAUCAGCAGCUCCUCCUUCAUAGAUUCUUUUUCCCAUCAUCCCCUUGGUCACUUCCCAAAUGAGCAAGAGGAGGAGCCAAAUGCUAAAGCUCCACCCCCAGUGUCUGUUCCAGCACGGUCCCACAACAGAGGUGCUUCGACGGCACGCAGUAGCAGACCAGGGCUUUAACACAAACACACUUACACACACAUACAGUCUCCCUCACAUUCUUGAACCAAACACACCUCGGCACUGAUGCAACUUUUCUUCAGUACUGACCGGCGCUUUAUACGUCUGCUGGACUUUUGUACAACACGCCGUUUGGGCGUGAACUUUAUUUAUGACCGCUGUUGUUAUUAUUAGAAGUAUCGUUAUUCAUGUUGAUGUUUGAAAUUUUUCUAAAACCUUAUUUUUGUAUAUUGGAUAUUCAGCUUUAUAUGGCUGCCAAAUACAGGAAACUGUCUUUCCCUUACAUCUGUAGAUGUACUGUACAUGCUGUACUGUAUGGAGUAACAACUUUUGGUUUUCCCUAAAAAUGGCUCAAUGAAGCCUACAUGGAGUUUCUAUGCAGGUUCGUUCAAGCAGGGUGUUAAAUUGCCUGAAUGUUGCCUCACCGGUGUGUUCAGGACCCUGUUGGAUCGUGUGAACCUGCUAUAGAAGAUUAUACUAUUUAUAUCCUAGAUGGAUAUUCCAUUGUGAUGCAAUUCCACCAUCUUCAUCCACUAUCAUGGACCGUAGGUGUGUAAGAAUUCAAAGUCUUUAUAUCAUGAUUCCGUGGUCAUGUAAUUUUCAAAAGCAUUAUAACAUUCAAACUGACUCCAAGGUCUUAUUCAGUGUAGAACCACCAUGACCCUGUUUUUCAAAAGGAAACAUGAAUACACUGAAAUUCUGGAAGUACACCUGCAAUACAAGAGUGGGCCAGUACAACUGUACAGCUUGCGUAAUGACGGUUGAAAAGAGGAUUUCAAGUUUCAAGAAAAUAAGCCAUAAGUCCCACAAGCCAUACAGAUUUGGCAAGCGACGGACAGGCUGGUGUUUAUUCAUUAUUACAUAUAUAAAUAGAAACGCACACAAAGACUGCAGGGUUUGUUCAAAUAAGUGUACUGUAUCUUUUUUGUUGUUGGCAUUAAGUGGAUUUGGUUCCUUUGGUGCCAGGCAAUCCUUAAAUAUUUAACACUGACUGGUGAAGCUCAUUUUGGCGUACCAUUUUACUGGCAGAUAUUAAAUGUGGCUCUUACAGGUCUGUAAUGUUUAUGUGGCAGCUUCACUGUAAAAGCAUUUAUUGAAAACGUACAGACUCUAACUUAACAUUUGCAUUUCUCCGAUUUGAUUAACGUGUUGAUCUCAGUGAGUGAAUAUUGCUUCUAAACAACUUUUUUUUGUUUUUGUUUUUCAAUCUGGAGAGUAUCAAGCUCAAAUCAUGUAUGAUGAGUGUACAGGCCAUCAAAAUGUUUGAUGAUCAAAGAGAUGGAUUCCUCUAUAGCCAUACCGAAGGGGUGUCACGGGAAGACAUCUCUUCGUACCCCAGCCUAACGCCUCCGCCUCUAAGACAGAGCCAACUAUUCAUCACUCAGCUCAGCAAGGACAAUCUAGAGUUGCAGAAGUUGUAGCCAUAUUUGACUCCUAGACUUUCUUUGUCAUUGGACAGAGGUUUCUUGAUUUCCAGAAGACAUUCUGCUGUCUGACCACAGAGUUUCAUUGCUGCUGAUUUGAGUGGGCAGAUUUCAAGAAGCCAUGUCACCUGGAUCAACAGACCACGCUGGUCUAUUAAACACGGAUGCAGAUCUUUUGCAAGCGGACAUAUUUCCUGUGUGGAAAUAAUGGUUUAUCUGCUCUAUGUCUGGUGGAGAUGACAGUGCUGGAUGGGAGUGUGUGUGAUUGUGUGUGUGUGUGUGUGUGUGUGUGUGGAGGUGACAGUUCUUGGCAGGUGUAGCACUGCUCUAUUUACGAUUUCCCUUAAAUGUUUACCUCUGUAACUAAAAUGAGAAUGGCAAUCGAAAAAUAAAAGUUAAUUAU